AUGGCCGACUCGAUCAAAUGCUCCUUCCACUGCAACCGAAGCCAAUGCACUGUCGCCCUCUGCAACAACCAAGUGUACGCCCGGCAGCUGUGUGUUCGCCACGGUGGCAAGAAGGUGUGCGAGACCCCCGGGUGUAUCACGCACGCGUGUGGAGGGGGCCAUUGCUUAAGGCACGGCGGCAUCGCAAGGAAACGAUACUGUUCCGUCGAGGGGUGCAGCAGACAAGCCCACAAAAACCAAAGAUGUGUUCGGCACGGCGGCGGGCGGUACUGCCAAACCCCCCAGUGCUCGUCCCAUGCCAGAUUUGGGGGCUUUUGCUUGCAACACAAUGUCGACUUGGAGCCGAUCCAGCACGUGAAUUCGUCGUUCAAGGAGCCGGCCAACUACGUGCGCAUGCUGGACCCUAUUGACUCGGCCAUCCUCGAGUGCCUUGCAACUUACAGCGUCCACGCGACCGAUUCUUCGUCGUUCGCGUGGAGCUGCUCAAGCAACAUCAACGCGCCUUCCCGCGACAGGUUUCCCAUUCUGUAA